AGAUUGGGCCAGUUUGAUUUGAUUCCACUUCUCGCUUCCUGCGCGCGCACACUGUCGAAGACGAAGGACUCACUAGUCCCUUCCUGUGGUUUCUCUAGGGAUUUCUGGGAAGGUGUUCUAGGCCGAAUAUAUACUCAAUCAGAAAAUGCUUUAUCUGUGACUUGGAAGCAUAACUGAGAAGAGUAUUGCUCUGUUUAGGGAAAUGAUGCAUUGUGCUUCGUUUUCGAGUUUGAGCUGUUCAUUCACUAUUGGGAUUCAAAGAGCGGUUUGUGCAAAACAGGUCGUGGGAUCUAACCUCAAUUUGGCUCUGCAUAUGAUCAGUAAUAAUACGGAGAGUUUCAGGCAUUCAAGCUACCUUUGUAAUGCCAGAGUCAUGGCUGCUUCUGGAUCUAAAGCUUCUUCGGCCGAUUUCAUGGCCGAUAAUAGCUUAAUCUCAAGUUGUGGCACCGUUUCAAGAUUUGCCAGCCCUAACUGUGUCCAUUUUGGAGAUAGAGGUAGUACGAAUUGCUGGAAAACCAAUAUGAGUUUGCAGAUGAGGGAAGUGAACACUUCCCCCGCAGUUCGUGGGCAUUUUAUAUUUGACAUCUCACAGAGAUCUUCCAAGUCCGGUCUAGCAUUUAGGAAAGAGUUAAAAAGAUACUGCACAUCAUCUUCCCCGCCUCAUUCUGAUGGAUCAUCUCCGGAUGAGCACCUUGCAAGUCUUGCAGUUCCAAUAGAACAGAACAUGAAGGCAGUAGGUCAUGGAUCACUCAAGCUAGUUUCUGGAUCAUGCUACCUUCCUCAUCCUGAUAAAGUAAAAACCGGUGGAGAGGAUGCUCAUUUCAUUAGUGAAGAUGAGAUGGCAAUUGGUGUAGCAGAUGGAGUUGGUGGGUGGGCAGAUGUUGGCAUUAAUGCAGGAGAAUAUGCACGAGAACUAAUGUCCUAUUCAGUGAAAGCUCUUCUGGACGAACCCAAGGGUUCCAUUGAUCCGGCUCGUGUAUUGGAGAAAGCAUAUUCAAACACAAAUGCGCAAGGCUCUUCUACAGCCUGUAUCAUAGCCCUGACAAGCGAGGGCCUUCAUGCCAUCAAUCUUGGAGACAGUGGCUUUGUUGUUGUUAGGGGUGGACACACCAUCUUUGAAUCCCCAGUUCAGCAGCACGGUUUCAAUUUUCCAUAUCAACUUCAAAGUGGCAGUGGUGCUGACCUUCCAAGUUCUGGUCAGGUUUUCACAGUUGCUGUUAAAACUGGGGAUGUAAUCGUGGUGGGAACUGAUGGAUUGUUUGACAACCUGUACAAAGAUGAAAUUGCUGCUCUUGUUCGUGAUGCAGUAAACAGUGGCUUCAAAGCAGAGGCCACUGCUAAGAAAAUAGCAGAUAUAGCACGCCAAAGAGCUCUUGAUAGCAAACGUCAAACCCCCUUUGCUGAUGCGGCACAAGAAGUUGGGUUUCAAUACUAUGGUGGCAAACUGGAUGAUCUUACAGUUGUCGUUUCUUUUGUCACUGACUCAACUGCUGCAUAGGCAGUCUUUUCCACUAGAUUUUUCUCAAUAUUUUAGUGAGAUACAUGGUGUUCUGUCGAGGCCAGGGCCAUUAGAACAAUGCAUAUUUCAUAUUUGUAGAACAACAUUGAACUUGAAGUUUAUCCCAGUGCCGGUGUCACUUGUUCCCUUUCGCCAAAAGUGCUAUCACCUCAAGAAGUGGAAGACUUAUGAUGGUAUGCAUAGGCCCGCCCCCCUAGCAAUGCCAUAGAUGACUCUCUUCCACAACCUCGGCACUCGGCUUUGGUGUAUUCAGGCAUCGGAUUGGGUGGCUGCGUGUAAAAGCGAUAUGGUUGGGUUUGGUUUGUAAGCCAAGAAAAAAUUUUAUACUCU